AUGUCUGAACCAUUAGAAGGCAAUCAAUCUACACCUCAACCACAAGACGCAGAGUCGGAGCAGGUGCUAGGCGGUGGCGCCCCCGACGUCAAGCCCUCCGUUGACAGUAACGGCAAUCCUGUCAAUGGAGAUGACGAAAAGAAAGUUAGCGAAGGAGCACCUAGACAUAUAAAUUUAAAAGUCACCGAUAAUAACACCGACAUCUUUUUUAAAAUCAAGGACACUACUCAGUUGAAGAGGUUGAUGGAGGCGUUCGCCAAGAGAUUAGGGUGCAAUGUUGAUUCGUUGAGGUUCAUGGCCGAUGGUGUUAGAGUUGAGGCCGAGAAUACUCCAAGGGAUUUGGAUUUGGAAGAUGGCGAUGUUAUUGAAGCUCAUCGUGAACAGAUUGGUGGUGCUAGUUUUUGA